GCGGGCUCUUCCGGUGUCAUGGCGCCAAAGAACUUUACCGUCCUACAUUGCAGAGUGUACCCUCGCUGGAUACGCUGCUUUGUGUGAACUCUACAAGCUACAGCCUGUAUAGGAAAUACCCUAGGAGACCCUCAAGCUGCGCAAUGGGGUCAGUGACCUUUGAGGAUGUGACUGUGAACUUCACCAGUGAGGAGUGGACUUUGCUGAGUGCAUCCCAAAAGAAGCUCUACAGAGAUGUGUUGGAGGAAACUUUUCAGAACAUUGUGACUCUAGAGAGACUCUUGGAUAACCAGAAAGUGGAAGAAGACUGCAAUAACUAUUGCAGAAAUAUAAGGAAUGAAGACACUGAGAAAUGCCAGCAGUGUAAAGGUUGGAAUCAGCAUAAAGAAUGCUUCCUCUGUAAUCAAGAUGCUAAUGUCUAUAUGAAAUCAUGUGGUUUAAAACCAAUUGAAAGGCUUUCUUGUACAAAGCUUCAGAUUGGGCCUUUUGCACUAAACAUGUCCAUUAGAGCUCACUGUGGAGUAAAAACAGAUGAGUAUUUUGAACCUAAAGGGAAGCUGUUUAAAUGUAAUGAAAAUAGAAACAACUGUGAUGAUUUGCAAUCCUUUCAGAAUCAUGCAAGGACAGAGGCUGGCAAGAAACAAUGUGAACAUGAUCAGUGUGAGAAAUCCUGCUCUGGUCUUAGUGAAAGAACUCAUCUUAGAGACAAGAUAUUUGUAUGUCCAAAAAAGUUUAAUGUCUCCAGCAAACCCAGGGAUGUUCAGAUCUAUCAGACAAACCACAAGGGGGAUAUAACCUCUGCAAGUAACCAGUGUGGGAAAUUUUUCAGCACAGAUACUAUUUCUCAACAAAAAGAAACAAUUCAGAUGGAGGAGAAAAAGUAUGUUUGUAAGCAAUGUGGGAAAGCGUUUAGUAUACAGAGGAAUUGUAAAAGACAUGAAAGAGCUCACACUGGUGAGAAACCUUAUGUAUGUAAGCAAUGUGGGAAAGCUUUCAGUAAACAGGAUCACUGUAAAAGACAUGAAAGAACUCACACUGGUGAGAAACCUUAUAUAUGUAAACUAUGUGGGAAAGCUUUCAGCACACAGAGUUAUUGUAAAGUACAUGAAAGAUCUCACAUUGGUGAGACACCUUAUGUAUGUAAGCGAUGUGGGAAAGCUUUCAGCACACAGAGUUCUUGUAAACUACAUGAAAAAUCUCACACUGGUGAAAAACCUUACAUAUGUAAGCAAUGUGGGAAAGCUUUCAGCACACAGAGGAAUUGUAAACUACAUGAAAGAUCUCACACUGGUGAGAAACCUUAUGUAUGUAAGCAAUGUGGGAAAGCUUUCAGCACACAGAGUUAUUGUAAGCUACAUGAAAGGGCUCACACUGGUGAGAAACCUUAUGUAUGUAAGCAAUGUGGGAAAGCUUUCAGUAAACAGGAACAUUGUAAAAGACAUGAAAGAACUCACACUGGUGAGAAACCUUAUGUAUGUAAGCAAUGUGGGAAAGCUUUCAGCACACAGAGUUAUUGUAAAGUACAUGAAAGGUCUCACACUGGUGAGAAACCUUAUGUAUGUAAACAAUGUGGGAAAGCUUUCAGCACACAAAGUUAUGGUAAACUACAUGAAAGAUCUCACACUGGUGAGAAACCUUUUGCAUGUAAGCAAUGUGGGAAAGCUUUCAGCUCACAAAGUUAUUGUAAAGUACAUGAAAGAUCUCACACUGGUGAAAAACCUUAUGUAUGUAAGCAAUGUGGGAAAGCUUUUAGCACACUGAGUGACUGCAAACUACAUGAAAGGACUCACACUGGUGAAAAACCUUAUGUAUGUAAGCAAUGUGGAAAAGCUUUCAGUAAACAGGAGCAUUGUAAAAGACAUGAAAGAAUUCACACUGGUGAGAAACCUUAUGUAUGUAAGCAAUGUGGGAAAGCUUUCAGUACACAGAGUUAUUGUAAAGUACAUGAAAGAACUCACACUGGUGAGAAACCUUAUGUAUGUAAACAAUGUGGGAAAGCUUUCAGUACAAAGAUAAAUUGUAAAUUACAUGAAACGUCUCACACUGGCAAGAAACAUUAUGUAUGUAAGCAUUGUGGGAAAGCUUUCAGCACACAAAGUUAUGGAAAACUUCAUGAAAAAUCUCACACUGGUGAGAAACCUUAUGUAUGUAAACAAUGUGGGAAAGCUUUCAGCACACAGAGUUACUGUAAACUACAUGAAAGAUCUCAUACUCUUGAGAAACCUUAUUUAUGUAAGCAAUGUGGGAAAGCUUUCAGUACAAAGAGUUAUUGUAAGCUACAUGAAAAAUCUCACACUGGUGAAAAAUCUUAUGUAUAUAAGGAAUGUGGGAAAGAUUUAAGCACAAAGAGUGAUUGUAAAUUACAUGAAAAUUCUCACACUGGUGAGAAAACUUAUGUAUGCAAGCAAUGUGGGAAAGCUUUCAUCAAACAGAGAUAUUGUAAAGUACAUGAAAGGUCUCACACUGGUGAGAAACCUUAUGUAUGUAAGCAAUGUGGUAAAGCUUUCAGCACACAGAGUUAUUGUAAAGUACAUGAAAGAUCUCACACUGGUGAGAAACCUUAUGUAUGUAAGCAAUGUGGAAAAGCUUUUAGUACACAGGUGUGUUCUAAAAGACAUGAAAGAUCUCACACUGGUGAGAAACCUUAUGUAUGUAAGCAGUGUGGGAAAGCUUUCAGUAUACAGAGGAAUUGUAAAAGGCAUGAAAGAACUCACACUGGUGAAAAACCUUUUGUAUGUAUGCAAUGUGGGAAAGCUUUCAGUACCAAGACGAAUUGUAAAGUACACGAAAGAUCUCACACUGGUGAGAAACCUUAUGUGUGUAAGCAAUGUGGGAAAGCUUUCAGCACACAGAGUUAUUGUAAAGUACAUGAAAGAUCUCACACUGGUGAGAAACCAUAUGUAUGUAAGCAAUGUGGGAAAACUUUUAGUACACAGGACUAUUGUGAACUCCAUGAAAGAUCUCACACUCAUGAGAAGUCUUAUAAAUAUAAGCAAUAUGGGGAAAGGUUCAGCAGAAUCCAGAAUCCAGGAGAAACUAUACACAUGUGUGAAAGUUGAUAAAGCUUUCAGUACACAUAAUUAUUGUCAAAUACAUGAAAGAAUCCACAGUGUAAAAACCAUAUGUAUAAUAACUAAAUUCAGCAAUGUAGCUGGAAACAAAAUAAAUACUCAAAACCACUAGCAUUUCUGUAUACUAACAACAAAAUGACAGAGAGAAAAAUAAGAGAAGCCACACCCUUCACAUUAGCAACCAAAAAAUAAAUAUUUAGGAAUAAUUCUCACUAAAAAAGUGAAACAUUUAUAUAGGGAAAAUUAUAAUACACUGAAAAAAGAUAUUGAAGAGAAUCUCAGAAUUGGAAAUACACACCUUGCUUAUGGAUAAGAAGAGUAAGUAUUGUGAAAGUGGCCAUUCUCCCAAAACUCUUACACAGAUUCAAUCCAAUCUCAGUAAAAAUACCAUGAAAACACCUCAUAGAUCUAGACAAAUCACACUUAAAAUUCAUCUGGAACCCGAAGAGAGCUAGAAUAGCAAAGACAAUUUUAAGCAGCAAAGGCAAGGCAGGAGUCAUCACAAUCCCUGACUUAAAGUUAUACUACAAAGCAACUGUAGUAAAAUCAAUGUGGUACUGGAAUCAAAACAGAGCUGAAUGAAUAGAUUAGAAGAUACAACCACAACUGUAAACACACUAAACCAUCUUAUCUUUGAUAAAGAGGUCAAACAUGUUCACUGGAAGAAUGAUAGUCUCUUUAUUAAAUGGUGUUUGAAAAACUUGCUCUCCGUAUGCCAAAAACUAAAGCUAGAUUCAUGCGUAUCUCCAUGUACUAAAUUAAAAUCUAAGUUCUUCAAAGAUCUGAAUAUAAAAAAAGAAACAUGAAAUCUAUUGGAAGACAAAUUGAGUAAAAACGUUGAAGACAUAGAGGUAGAUAGAGAAUUCAUGAACAGGAAUCGAACUGCCUGAGAAGUACUUUCCAGGGUCAAUAACUGGUAUUUCUUUUUAUGAAAAAGUUUCUGCACAUCAAUAGAAAUCUCUAGCAUAGUUAAAAGAAAACCUACCAACUUGGAAUCAAUCUUAGGGAACUGUCUUUCAGGCAGAGGGCUUCUGUCUAAAACAUAUAAUGAAUUGAAAGAAAUGAGGCAUACCAAAGUGACAUAUGUGCACCUAUGCUUAUAGCAGUGCAAUUUGUAAUUGCUAGAUCAUGGAAACAACCCAAAUGUCCGUCAACCGAGGAAUGGAUAAAAAAGCUGUGGUACUUCUAUGUAAUGGAGUACUACUCAGCUAUAAAGAAGGAUCACAUUGAGCUAUUUAUCAAUAAAUGGGCACAGCUUGAAACCAUACUCAUAAGUGAACUAAAUCAAGCUUGCAUCUGUGAACUCCAAAUAGUUUCCCUAGUGUAGGAAAUGAAUCAAAUAUAUAAAUGUACGUGAUAACCAUGAUUCCCCAUUAUAUGGUCUUGAAGCCUUAUAAAAUUGUCACUAAUUACUUGGAAUGGAUUUAUUCUGGGCUGUUUGAUAUCAUGGUCGGUGAUGCAAUGAACAGCCACUUUGAAGAAAAUAAGACAUAAUAACAGCUAGUGCUGAUUUAAUAACAUCUUGUCUUAAAGAUGUACCAAACUAUGGUUCUUUUGUCUCCAUUGAUUUUAUUAUGUUGUAACUUGCUGGACUUUAUCGUAUGUGGUAGUAUAACCAAAAAUUGUUACAGGCAAAGAGAUAAUAUUGAAACCAUUGAUCAUUUUUUUCUGUUAGCUGGUUCUAAAUACUGUACAAUGCUUUCAUCCACUUGAAUGGUGUUACACAGUCUUGAUAUAUUUGAUGCUACAGCAUAAGAAGUUAUAUUCAGAUAUUUCAAAGAAAAAGACACUAUGGUAACUACUAUUAAGUCGGGUUAUUUGGUGGUGAAGCACUAGGUUGCUGAAAGUGUCAUGCUUUAACCUGUAUUAUGUUGUUAUGCCCCCUUUAAUCCUCUCCCUUAUUCAUUAAAAAAUCAUUUAAUUUAAAAAAAAAUAUAUCAACCAAUAAAAAAAUGCUCCUGGUUCUGUAGGGAAAAAGAAACCCUUUACAACUGUUGGUUAGAGAGUAGAUUAGUACAAACACUGUGGAAAUCAGUGUGGAGAUUCCUCAAAAAAUUAAGAUUAAAGGUCCCAUUCAUCCCAGGUAGUCCCCUUCUGUGUAUCUUCCCAGAGGGAUUGAAAAACAUCACACCACAGUGACAUAUGUGAAGCCAUAAGGUUCAAAAUAUACAAUAGUCACUGUGAAAUGGAAGGAAACUUCAAUAAAAAGAAGAAGCUAAGAUAGGGGAAAAGAGAAAGGAUAGAAGGGAAAAGAAAAAAAAUGCAAGUUAGUUAUACCAUUAGUGUCACUUAGUUCACUGAACAGGAAAGGUUGUGCUAAUAUUGAUUGAAGUAAUUUUUAUGCCCAUAUUUUGUACUUGAGUGACUAAAGAUAAUGUGUAAUUUAUCAACAAUUGUUACUUUUUCAUUAUUUUGUUGUAAAAAUUUGUUUUACCUUUUCUUCUUAAUAUUAAUAAAUAAAGUAAAAAAAAUGAGGCAUCCAAAAUUUGAAGAUCCAAUCCAAAAAUGGUCAUCUGAGAUGAAUACACAAUUCUCAGAUGCAGAAACAAAUGGCAAAUAAAUAUGUGAAAAAAAUGUUCAUCACCAUUAGAGAAAUGAAAUUAAAACCACAUUGAGAUUCCGUCUCCUGAAAGAAUGGCCAGGAUCAAGAAAACUAUCAACAACAAAUGCUGGAGAGGUAGUGUGGAAAAAGGAACUCUCCUGCAGUGUUGUUUGAAGUGUAGACUUGUACAACCAUUGUGGAGGUCAGUCUGCAGAUUUUUCAGAAAGCUUGAAUUGGAGGUCCCCUUUGUUCCAGCUAUUCCUCUUCUACACAUAUUCCCAGAAGAAAUGAAAACAUCAUACCACAGUGAUGUAUGUGCACCCAUGUUUAUAGUAGCACAUUUUGUACUAGCCAGAUCUUGGAAACAACCUAAGUGUCCAUCAACUGAGGAAUGGAUAAAAAGGUUGUGGUAUUUUUAUACAAUGGAUUACUUCUCCGCUAUGAUCACACUGAGAUAUUUAUAAAAAAAUGGACAUACCUUAAGACCAUACUCAUAAGGGAAAUAAAUCAAACUCAAAUUUAUAGAUAUCUAAUAGUUUCCCUAGUGUAAGAAAAGAAUAUAUAAAAGUAUGUGGUAAUCAUGAUUCCCCAUAAUAUUGUUUUGAAGCUUUAUAAUGUUUUCAUUCAUUAAUUGGAAUGGUUUCAUUCAGCAUUUUAUUUAUUUUAUUUUCUGUGAUGGUAUGAACAGUUAUUUUAAAGAAAACAAGACAUUAUAAUAGCUAGUGCUGAUUUAAUACCAUCUUGUUUUGAAGUCUCACCAAGCUUUUGUUCUUCUGUCUCCAUCAGUUUUUUCAUGUUGUAUGUUAUUGGAUUUUAUUUUAUGUGAUAGUAUAAACAAAAGUUUUUAUAGGCAAGAAGAUAAUGUAGAAACCAUUGUUCAUUUUCUGUUAGUUGGUUCUUAAUACCCUGUAAUACUUUGAUUCUUUUGAAUCAUUUUACACUGUCUUUUUAUAUUUGAUACUAUAGUAUAUGAUGGUAUACUCAAAGGUUUCAAGGAAAGAGACAUUAUGGUAGCUACUGUUAUGUUGGGUUUUCUUGUAUUGAAACACUAUGUUGCUUAAAUUGUUCUGUUCUGACCUGUUUUGUUAUGUCCUCUUUUAUCUUAAUCUUUUUUUAAAUAAAAAAUUAAAACAAACCCUAUAUAUGCAA